UGCAGCAGAGACAGGAAGGGGUGAACAGGGAGGUAGCAGGGAUGGGCAGGAGCAGGAACUGAGGGACUGGUAUAUGUUACAAUGGGCAGGUAGGGAACAGGAAUGGAGCAGGGAUGAAUGGGAAGGGCAGGGAUGGACAGACAUGGAGCAUGGAUGAGCAGGAAUGGCAGGAGCAGGCAGUGAGGGACUGGGAAAUGCUAUGAUGGGCAGAGAGAGGCAGGGCUGGGUGGGAGCAGGAGGGAAUGGACAUGACCAGGCAGCUCGGGGCAGAGGAGAUCUGGGUGGCCAGCUGGGAUGGUCCCUCCUGUCCCCCCAUGGUGACAGGACGUGGACAAUGCUGCCUUGACUCGCCUGAACCUGGAGCGGCACGUGGGGACUCUGCAGGACGAGAUCGCCUUCCUGCACAAGGUCCACGAGGAGGAGCUGCGGGAGCUGCAGGAGCAGCUGGCCCAGCAGUGGGUGCACGUGGAGGUGGACACGAGCAAGCCGGACCUGACGGCCGCCCUGCGCGACAUCCGCAGGCAGUACGAGGCCGUGGCCACCAGCAAUGCCCAGGAGACAGAGCAGUGGUACAAGUCCAAGUUUGCAGAUCUGACGGACGCGGCCGCCCGGCACGCCGAGGCCUUGAGGGUGGCCAAGCAGGAGGCCAACGAGUGCCGGCGCCAGCUCCAGGCCCUCACCUGCGACCUGGAGGCUCUGCGGGGCUCGAAGGAGUCCCUGGAGAGGCAGCUGCGGGAGCGGGAGGAGCGCUGUGCCCUGGAGACAGCCGGCUACCAGGACACGGUGCUGCGGCUGGAGAAGGACAUCCACAGCCUCAAGGGGGAGAUGGCCCAGCACCUGCAGGACUACCAGGACCUGCUCAGCGUCAAGCUGGCCCUCGACAUCGAGAUCGCCACGUACCGCAAGCUGCUGGAAGGCGAGGAGAGCAGGAUCACCAUCCCUGUGCAGAGCUUCUCCAGCCUGCAGAUGCGAGAGACCAGCCUGGACACCAAAUCUGUGUCAGAAGUCGGAGUGAAGAGGAGCAUUGUGGUCAAAACUGUGGAGAUCCAAGAUGGAGAGGUGCUGAAGGAGUCCAAGCAGGAGCACCAGGAGGUGCCGCGGGGCGGGGGAGCCGCGGCAGCCGCAGCUCCGUAGGUCCCGCCCGACGCCGCCCGGGAGCCCCGGGCCGGGCACGGGGCACGGGAGGGGCCGGGGGCGCUUGGCGGGGGCAUCUCCCUCCCGGGCACCCCUCGCCUCUCCCCCGUGCCCAGGGCCCCCCGUCAGCGGCUGGCAGCCGGCAGAGCACCCUCCGGACCGGGCAGCACCCGGGGGAGCCCAGCGGGUCCGGGCUCCCCGCCGGGAUGCGGCCGCAUUCCCGCAGCACGGGGGGUGCCGGGGGUUGGGGGCCCUGCCUGCCUCAUCCCGGGUCUCUGUGGAGAGAGUCUGUCCCGUUUCCAUCUCUGUGCACCGUCAAACAACACGAUGGUGCCAAAAGCAUCUCCCUGCAUCCACUCUCUGCUCUGGGAGACCUCCCUGGAUCUCCCCGGUGCAGCCAGACCCCUAGCACCCUUGGGUGGGGGGGAUGCAGGGUGCGAGGUACCGGCUGGAGAGGGACAUCUCCCUGUCACCAAGGGCUGAGUGAGCUCAGCUGGGAGGCAGCGGCAGGAGGAAGAGGAGGGUGGAGAGGCAGGGGUGGAGGAAGAGGAUGACGGAGAGGCAGGGGCAGGAGGAAGGGGAGGGUGGAGAGGCAGGAUGCUCUUGGGAUGGUGUCAAGGGGUGACAAAACGGGCAUCAGGAGGGGUUCCUGAGGGUGCUGGGGUGGCCGGGGUGGGUUGUGGGGCUACACAGUGACCUCAAGGGCUUCUCCUGGCACAGAGCCACAGGGCUGUCCUGAUCCCACUGGGUGACUGCCACCAAGGUGUCCCCAAACUGGCAGGAAAAAACAGACCCGAGGGGCUCAUAGUGAGGGGUGACCCACGGCCCUAUGGCAGGGGAAUCUCAUGCAGGUGAAAAUGGAGAGGAGAGGGUGCAGAGAAGGAGGAGGGGGCACCUGAGAGGGUCUCACAGCACAAGGUGCCACCUGCAACCAGGGAGUGACGGGGGAAUCUUGUCCCUUGGGGGUCACACUGGGAGCCAGGGGCUCUGGGGACUGGGGCUGACCCAGCCACAGUCUGUGCCCCAGCCUGAGCCACCCCCUCCAUGGGCAUUCAGGAUGGGAUUGGAAGAAAUCCCUUGUCCCUGGGCUGCAGGGGGCCCUGUCCCCCACUUGUCCUCCCCCAGAGCAGCACACGCCCCCAAGGCCAUUGCCCAGCCCGGUGCUCACCCACAGCCCUGUCCCCACCUUCGCUGCAGCCACUGACCACGAGCAGGACCUGCCUGAGGCCACCUGGCAUAGGAACAGUGACCCAGCAGCACUUUCUGUGCCCUGUCAGCCUUUGGGAUGAGCACAGAGCUGCCCUUGGGUGCCAUCCCCUCACCCCUCUGUCCCCUCGGUCAGGUGCUGAGCAGCUUUGCUCUGACUGCAGACACACAACAGCCAGUCCCAUAACUGCGUUCCCUGGGCAGGAGGGGUGAUGGAAGAGCUGGGUGGUGCCCAGGGCAGGGGUGCAGGGCUGGGACACCCCGAGCAGCCUCCCUUGCUACCCAAUUAAUGCACUAACUCUGGGAUGAGAAUAAAGCUAAUGAACACACUGAGCUCCCACGGUUGUGCCUGCAUCCAUCUCUCCGCAGCCAGCGCCAUGGGAUUUGGGGAUUGUCUGGGGUACUGGGGACCUCUGGGAGCCCAAAGCAAUCCUAAUGGUGCAGGGGAUGUGCUCAGGGCUGAGCCCCAGGGUGCAGAUACAUUCCAGGGGCAAACAUCCACCAGGGACUGAACAAAGGAGAGCAGGGUGCAGGGAUAACGCCCACAACUGGCAGUGGGGUGGGAGGGAUCCCCUUCCCAGGAUGGGAAGCAGGGAUCUGCUGGGGGUUUUUCACCCUCAAACACAGCUCCUUCCCCUCACAGUCCCAGCUGCAGCUCCUGGGAAGCUCCCAGGACUGGCUGCAGCUGCUGGGUGAGGGUAGAUUGGAGAUCUGCACAUCAUCCACACGGUUCUAGGGCCAGAGCGUCACUGGGACCCUCAGUGCCCUCCUGGACAGAGGGGGUUUUGCUGAAAUCCUCAAGCCACAUUCUCAGAAAAAGGAGAUGAACCUGGAGGACACAUCCUGCUCCAGGCUGAGGAUUAAGUGUCCACCAAAACCCUGCAGAGAUGUCGCAGCCUUUGCAGGAUGUUUGAGAUGACUUUGUCAGCACAAACAUUGACUCCCAACUGUGCUGAGUCAGGUGACUGAAAGCAGCCAGA